AUGAAUUCAACAGCAUCUCUAUAUUCGGGUGAUUCACCGAUUGAUAAAUUAACACACAACCUAGAAAAGAAUGAAAUUCAACCAAACAAAUCUCGAGAUAGUAAUUCGAUCAUCAAAUUUUACUGGAUGAAUGGCUAUUUAUUACUGGUUGAAUAUUUGCUUUAUCUCGAAAAUGUAGAGGGGGAGGAGGAAUUAUUAAUGAACAUCCACAAGACCGCUGCAUAUUCCUCCCAAAAAGAUACUAAAAAAGAUUAUACGCACCAAAACAUCUCAUCCGAAAAAACAUUGGCAUCUUCUUUUGAAACAAUUGAAGACAUGUUGAUAAGAGUGGAUUUGAAAGAGCAACGCAAACAUGUUCCCAAGAUUAUUGAAUGUUUUGAAAACCAUUGCAUUGACUUUGGAUUUGAGUUAUAUGGUUAUUCCCCUCAAAAAGAUAUUAACAAGAGAGUUGAUCCAAUGAGGGCCCUAUUUUGUAGAAAUCCCACAAAGGAAGCGUUCUUAAUUUUCAUACAGGAGAGAAUUCAUUCAACCCGUCCAAACAUGACUCAAUUCUCAAAAAGAAUUGAUUUGGAUUUUGCUAGAGAGCUACGUAACAAGUUCAUUGAAAAAACAUUCCUCAAGGCUACUGCCACUUCAUCAGAGAGUAGAGCUCAAUUCCCUUCAGAAUUGAAAACAAGAGAGAAAAAAACCGAAUUUCUUCUAAAUGUUUGCAACUCGUUCAUUGAUGAACGACACAAUGAACACCUUGAAUCAUACUUUCAAAAAUUCUUUGGUGGAUAUAUUACUAGUAGGAAUAAUGUGUUUUCGAAUCAUCAUGAUGAAUUGAUUGACACACCACCAGUUAAGCAUGAUACUUCCUCAACGACAUCCAACACUAGUAUUCAAAGAGAUAUCCUUAUUGCCAAGCGUCUAGUUAGUGCAUGCUUCAGAAACAUUAUGAUACUUUACUUUAUUCAAAUCAUAUUUUCGGCAUCAUCUUCUCGCAUUGAAGUUGAGCUUGAAGAUGAAUUCACUCCAGCCACGAACAACUUUUACCACUCGAAGGAAUACAGGACAUUAACGAGACAAAUUCUUCUUGUCGCUUCGCUCAUUGACAUUAUCAGGCAAGAGCAUACAUCCUUAUAUACAGAAUCAGAGACAUUUAUUCAUUACAAGAACGUGGCACUCCGAGAUAUGAUCAAAGAGUCUCUUCAACAAGAAUUCCAGCAUCAUAGAUCCACUGUUCAACAGCCAUUGGAAAAAAUGUUUCAUCAGCUUGUUCAUGAAAAACUGUUGAGCAGUUACAUGUAUUUGAAUGGCCAAGUGAAACGUCAAAUGGAACUCCAUGGCUAUGGUUCCAAGGGAGUUGACAUUUUGACCAGGGACGUUUUGUUUUGGAUUUUCAAAAUUUUCAAUGCCCUUAAAGUUACGGAUAAGAAUGAAAAGGAAAAGAUUAAACAAGAACAAGAUAAGAUUGCAAGCGAGGAAUUUGUUGAGGCAUUCACAUCAACAGAUUCAUGGGUUCAUAGUGAUACGUUCAAAUUGGAUAUUUUACACAAGGUAAUGUCAAAUUUUGACACCACAGAGAAAGACAAGAAAAAGACUGUCAUUGACACCACUUCCCAUCCACUUGUUACAACAAAAUCCUUACAAGGUGUCGCACAUUUAUAUCCUUUCCAAGAGUUAGAAGAAGAGUUUCCAUUCGAUGACAUUAUUUCACAAUGUUCGAAUCUCAUCAUGAGCGUUCAAUCCAAGAGUUCUCAUCUUUAA